AUGACUACCUCAGCAUCACCUAAACCCAAGUCCCCGUCCAAAAAGGUCACAUCCCCAUCCAAACUGAAAAAAUCCAGCUCCAAACUCUCGUCAAGUCACCCUACCUAUUCGGCUAUGGUCAAAUCUGCUGUUGCCGCACUUAAAGAGCCAAAAGGUUCUAGUCGUGCCGCCAUUCUGAAGUAUAUCGUUCAACACUAUAAAGUGGGCGAAAAUAUUCCCAAGGUCAAUGCACAUUUGCGUCAAGCCUUGAAGAAGGGAGCGAUGAGUGGAGUUUUAAAGCAAACCAAAGGAACUGGUGCUUCGGGAUCUUUCCGUUUGGGUGAUAAAGCAGUCAAAAAGACUGUUAAAAGAGUCAAGAAAUCCCCCACCAAGAAAGUUGCAACUAAAAAGCCGGGAGCUGCAGCUAUGUCGCAAUCGGCAAAGAAGUUGAACAUUCUUAAUAUAUAUGUGGACAUAAAUGAAUGUGCGUUACAGGCAAACCCGACUAAAAAGGCCAAGAAGGCAGCGGGCAGUCCCAAGAAGCCAAAAGUGAAGAAAUCGCCAGCUAAGGCCAAGAAGGCAAGAGCAAACAAUUUGAAAAAGGCCGCAAAGAGCCCUAGCAAGACCAAAACCACUCAUAAGAAAAUGGUUAAAAAGCCCGUUGUUAAAAAAACUAAAGCUUAA